AUGUUUGUCAAGCUUUCAGUUCUCCUGGUGCUACUACUACUUCUGACACCAGCAGAAGGCCAAGACUUCAUCUACAAUAAUGGUUUCAAUGACCGUUCUGGCCUUAAUCUCGCUCUAGACGGCAUAGCAGAGAUCACACCAGAAGGUCUGUUGAAGCUUACAAACGACACCAAACAGAAAAGCGGCUAUGCAUUCUACCCUAACCCAGUAACCUUCAAGAACUCAGACAACGACACCGUUUUCUCCUUCUCUACCAACUUUGUCUUUGCCAUUCAAUCGCAGUACGCUGAUCUCAGCGGCCAUGGGAUCGCUUUUGUUAUCGCUCCGACGAGAGGCCUCCCCGGAGCUCGGCCUAGCCAGUACUUGGGCUUGUUCAACGAGUCCAAUACUGGCAAUCUCACCAAUCAUGUUUUUGCUGUGGAGCUUGACACGAUCCAGAGCACGGAGUUUCAUGACAUCAAUGACAACCAUGUUGGGAUCGACAUCAAUGGCUUGGACUCUGUCAAAUCUGCUCCUGCUGGUUAUAAUUUUAGUGGCGGGUUCAAGAACUUGACUCUUAUCAGUGGUAAAGAAAUGAGAGUUUGGGUUGAAUAUGAUGGUACCAAGAAGCAGAUUGAAGUUACUAUGGCUCCAAUUGGUGUUGCAACUAAGCCCCCAACUCCACUUUUGUCUUUGAAAUAUAACCUUUCCUCAGUUCUCAACAAAACCAUGUAUAUUGGCUUUUCCUCUUCAACUGGCUCAGUCCUCACAUCCCAUUAUGUUGUGGGUUGGAGCUUUAGGAUGAAUGGCCAAGCACAAGAUCUUAUAGCUUCCAAGUUUCCCAAGUUGCCUAGGAUUGAAGGUAAAAAGAGGUCCAUGCUUUUCACCUUUGGUGUGCCUCUGCUUUCUGUGAGUUUGGUUUUGCUAUUAGUUUCUGGUGUGCUCUAUAUCAUAAGGAGGAAGAGGAAGUUUGCAGAAGUGCUUGAAGAUUGGGAGCUAGAGUAUGGUCCUCAGAGGUUUAAGUACAAAGAGUUGUAUAUAGCCACCAAAGGGUUCAGGGAAAAGGAGCUUUUGGGAACUGGGGGAUUUGGUAAAGUCUAUAGAGGUAUAUUACCCUCCUCUAAAAUUGAGAUUGCAGUGAAGAGGGUAUCACAUGAAUCAAGACAGGGGAUGAAGGAAUUUGUAGCAGAAAUUGUUAGUAUUGGCCGGCUCCGUCACCGGAAUUUGGUUCAACUCUUGGGAUAUUGCAGGCGAAAAGGGGAGCUUCUUUUGGUGUAUGACUAUAUGCCUAAUGGAAGCUUGGACAAAUACCUCUAUGAUCAACCUGAGGUGACUCUUAAUUGGAAUCAGAGGUUUAGAGUCAUCAAAGGUGUGGCUGCAGGGUUGUUCUAUCUUCAUGAAGAAUGGGAACAAGUAGUGAUUCAUAGAGAUGUGAAGGCCAGUAAUGUGUUACUAGAUGGAGAACUAAAUGGAAGGCUAGGAGAUUUCGGGCUUGCAAGAUUAUAUGACCAUGGGACAGACCCUCAAACUACUCAUAUAGUUGGUACACUCGGGUACCUAGCCCCAGAGCACACAAGAACAGGUCGGGCGACCACGGGCACCGACGUGUUUGCUUUUGGGGCAUUUUUGCUCGAAGUUGCUUGUGGAAAACGGCCUAUUGAGAUACAGGGUACAGAAGAUGUGAUUUUGGUUGAUUGGGUAUUUUCUUGUUGGAGUAGGAGUAACAUCCUUGAGGCAAGAGAUCAAAGCUUUGGUACAGAAUUCGUAGCAGAGGAAGUGGAGUUGGUGUUGAAGCUUGGGCUUUUGUGCUCUCAUUCAGAGCCAGCGGCGAGGCCAAGCAUGCGACAAGUCAUUCAGUACUUAGCCGGUGAUGUUACCUUGCCGGAAGUGUCACGUCUCGGGUUUUCUUCCAGUGGGUUAACCUUUGCGCACCAUGAAGGUUUUGAUGACUAUGCAAUGUCGUACCAGUCUUCUUUAGGCAAGGGGUUCUCCGGUUCAUCAUAUGUUGCAGAGUCGGCAUUACUUUCAGGUGGUCGUUGAUUCCAAGCAAUCAGUAUAUAUCUUGUUCAAAACUUGGAUUCAAAAGCCAUAUUUGUAUACACCUUUAGAUAGGUUAUAUAUGUAGCCUUUUUGAGUAAUGAAAAAUAAUUUAGUUUGGUG